AUGACUCACGAGAGUGUUUGGUACAGCCGGCCCCGCAAGUACGGCAAGGGCUCCCGCGAAUGCCGUGUCUGCUCCCACCGCGCCGGUCUGAUCCGCAAGUACGGCAUGAACAUCUGCCGUCAGUGCUUCCGUGAGAAGUCCACCGACAUCGGUUUCACCAAGGUUCGUUUCAAUUCCUCGCUCGACGGUCCUAUCCGAUUCCAUUCGAAUACCACACAACCACGUUCUUCCGAUAUGAAAAUCCAAUCGACAAUUGACCAAUCUGCUACCACCACACAUGCACCCUGCAAAAGCACAACACUAACCACAAGUCUCUCAACCUACAGUACCGCUAAGCGACCAAAAAGACUGACACCCUCCUCUCGAACCGUUCGCAUCCACGAAAUCCAUCUACGCACCCAGCUCGACUAUGGUAGCGUCCAGUGGAGCAAUGUUCCAGACGAGCCCAAAAACGGCGUCUUUGAUGUUUUUGUGAAUGGAGGAAUAGAUAUCCGGCCUGCGGGUCCGGUGUCUCGGGGUUGCGAAUCACACCAGAUCUUGGCUCCGAGGGGAGGAUUUGGGGUUGUUGCAUGGAAUGUCUUGAAAAACGAGGAUUUAUGUUAUUUCCCUCAUCCUGGUUUUUUCUUAACAAUUUCAAUGACGGAAUUUUUUUUCUCUGGGAAUCAUUUCUGCUCCGGAUUGCCGUACAACUUGCUUGUGGUUUGGAUGAGCGUCGCACGAUUUCGCAUGGCUCUUGUCCUUGGAUUUGGUGUAGCUUUUGGUGUUUGGCUAGGUGGGCCUAUUGAGGUGCACCGAUGGUCUUUGGGCCUGCGAAUUCUUCGUAGCGGCUUCAAUGUCAGCAGAUCAGAUACAUUUGGUCCAUUCUGCGUCUGA